AUGAUCUUUCUGGACGGCAGGUGGAAAUGUCCACACGCAGGUUGUCGAACAACCUACUUGAACCCUGUCUUCGAUUCGCUCUCCGAUGGUGAUACAGAAGCACCCAGAGAUGGAGACCAAGGGAGUGAAGCCGAGGAUAAUGAGAAUCCUGAGGAUGAAGAAGAUGGUGCCGAGGACGGAGAAGACGAAGAAGACGGAGAUCACAGCAGUGAAUCUGAGUACGACGUUGAGAAUUCCGAUGAUGUUGAACCGACCGCAGAAUCGGCAGUUGCGUGGCUGGGCAGUCUGUCAAAAGACCAAAAGAUUCUCAGAGAAGCUGCUCGAUCUGAAGGCCUGUUCCACCUCGGCCUCAAGUGCCCAGGGCCGGAAAUGGUCGUUGGCGGAUUAGUGCUUGGCACAAAGGUGUGCCCACGGAGCGCAAUAAUCUCGUUCGAGGCGGGUGCCAACUUCACCCAAGAGGGGACCUUAAACGCAAGCAGGUGGUCGAAAGAUUCCAAGAAGGAAUGGCUCCAGCAAGAAGGCUUCCACGACAUUCUCCCCGGUGACGAGAAUGCAUGUUUACUCUACCACGAGUUCUGUGCCAACUUGCAGAGAGUAAUAGGGAAGACUUGCCACCGAGGGAGGGCGUUCCCUCUAAAACUGCCUGUAGUCUUUCCCUUACUUUUCGGCGAGGAGGACCCUCUGUCCGGCAAGAACCAUCACGCGCUCAUCGACGCCAAGCAGCUGUGUCGGAUGGCUAAGGUCUUUAUAGACCUUUGCAAACCCCCUGGGCAGCGGCUGGGAGUUGAUAAGCUGCGCUCGGGCAAGAGGGAGCGGAAGACUGAGGAGUUUCUCUCUUCCAUGCGCUUAAACAAGAGGCUAAAGAGGUCUUGA